AACUUGCUCGGUAGAAAUUUUGAUCCGAAAUAAAAUAGAAAAUUAAGCCAGAAGACUACGGAAAUAAGCGAAGAAAAUAUUAGCAAUAUGAAGUGCCAAAUCCCGGAAAUAUCCUGGCACAAUCGUGAUCCGGUUUUGAGCGUGGACAUUCAACCGCGCACGUCCGGCGAUAAGGGUGACUUCUAUCGACUGGCAUCGGGUGGAACCGAUUCGCAUGUUUUGAUUUGGUACAUGACUCAGAGUGCCGAAUGCGGUACGAUAUCGUUGGACGUGGUGGCCGAUUUGACUCGUCACCAGCGGGCCGUAAAUGCCGUACGAUGGUCCCCGAGUGGAGAUUUGCUAGCAUCCGGCGAUGAUGAGAGUGUCAUUUUCAUCUGGAAGCAGAAAGGAGACUCCGAGGUGCUGAAUAUUCUUGAUGCGACCAACGAGCAGGAUAAGGAAACAUGGUUAACGAUGAAGAUCCUCCGCGGUCACAUGGAGGAUGUCUACGAUUUGUCCUGGUCACCGAAUUCUAUGUACCUGAUCAGUGGUUCCGUCGAUAAUACUGCCAUGAUGUGGGACGUUAAUAAGGGCAAGUCGAUGCACAUUUUUUCCGAUCACAAAGGCUUCGUUCAGGGGGUAGCUUGGGAUCCAAAAAAUCAGUACCUGGCCACGUUGAGCACGGAUCGAUACUUUCGGGUGUUUGAUCUGCACACGAAAAAAGUUCUGACCAGGAAUAACAAAUGUGUGCUUCCGGUUCCGAAGGAUUCUCCACUACACGGUAAAACAGUUCGUCUGUACCACGACGAUACGCUGCAAACGUUCUUCCGGAGGUUGAGCUUCAGCCCGGACGGUAAUCUUAUUGUUACUCCUUCCGGGAUUGCGGAGAUCGAGGGAAUAUCGAAACCAUUGAAUACGACCUAUAUCUAUACGAGGAAUUCUUUGAAGCACCCGGCAAUCACUUUGCCAUCACCGGAUCAGUAUACCGUGGCGGUUCGGUUCUGUCCACAGUACUUCAAGUUGCGCCCUCAUCCGGAAAACAAGCCACCGGUUAUCCCACUGCCUUACCGGAUGAUUUUCGCGGUAGCUACAAAAAGUUCCGUCUAUCUGUACGACACCCAACAGAAGUCUCCGUUUGCGUUGAUUUCCAACAUUCACUACACCCGAUUGACAGACCUUUCCUGGUCCGGCGACGGGAAGAUUCUGAUUGUCUCCUCAACGGAUGGAUUUUGUUCGAUGCUAUCCUUUAACGAUGGUGAAUUAGGUGAGAUUCACGUGGUGGAAGCUGAGGACACGGUUGGAGUCGAGAAGGAGAAGACCCCUACGAAGAAAGCUACCACAAACAGAAAGAAGUCGAAGGAUGGCAAAGAUGAGGAAAAAGACAAGGAGAAGGACGCGAAGAAGUUGGAAACUGUGGUGGAAGAACCGAAGAAAGAGGAAAAACCUGCACAACCAAUCGCCUAUAGGAGGAAACCGAAAGAGGAAGCAAAACCUACUAAGAAGGAAGAGAGCAAACCAACUCCGAUAGAAAUACGACGCAAGCCCAGGGAAGAAGAAAAACCUGCUGAUAAGGAAGAGAGCAAACCAACUCCGAUAGAAAUUCGACACAAGCCCAUGGAAGAAGAAAAACCUGCUGAGAAAAAAGAGAGCAAACCAACUCCGAUAGAAAUUCGACGCAAGCCCAGGGAACAAGAGAAACCUUCUGAGAAAGAAGAGAGCAAACCAACUCCGAUAGAAAUUCGACGCAAGCCCAGGGAAGCAGAGAAACCCGCUCAGCCAAUUGCGAUCAAACGAAAACCGAAAGCACCAGAAGACACAAAAAUUGAAGAGAAAGGGCCUAAAGAGGACGAACCUCGCAAACGUCCUCGCUCGGAUAGCUUCGAACAAGACGUUCCCUCGACAGAAGCCAAACCAAUAGCAGUCCGCCGUAUUGUCCUGGAAGGCAGCGAUCCCAAAUCGGGAGUUAUCAUCAAAGAAAUCCCCCCCAAAAACGCAUCCUCGGACGAGAAGAUUGUCCAGCCAGCGAAGGAAAUCAUCAUCGAGACGGAAAAGAUCAUCUGCAGCGACGAAAAAUUCGAUAGUCCCUCGGGGAAGAAUCGAUCCGUCACACCGAUCGCUGUCCGGCGCCAUCCACGCACCCCGGACGUGACUCCGACAUCAGACAGGGAUUCCACUCCGAAAACAGGCUCCAAGAAUGCAGCCACACCGAUUGCGGUUCGUCGACAGCCUCGCAGUUUGAUCAGCGAUAGCAAAUCGACCGAAUCUUCCAGCAGCCGGUCGAAGCCAACGAUAGAGGAGGAUACCGUCGAUACGUGGCCAAUUGAUCAACCGAAACCGGUCGUCAAGGUCGUCAACAAUUGUGCCCUGGGAGAGUGCGAGGAAACCGAGGAUAUUAAACUGGUCAUUUCGGACGACGAGGACCAACCGACGACGAUUGAAGUCAAGGAUAGUGACAACGACGGUGGUGCUGAUAGUGAAUCAGAUAAAGCUAAUGGUAAGGAUAAAGGUCAGUCGACGCCGGUGGCAACGGCGACGACACCGAAGACGCCCCGACGGGUGGAGUUCCGGACGCUGUCGACACCGAAGUCGAAGAAGAAGCUGCUGUAAAGUGAUCUGGCUGCUUCCUAUUUUCUGUGCUAUUGUUUAAGGUUAGUUGCGUAGGGUUGAAAAUAUAAU